AAUAGGCGGUGUUAACGUAACUUAUUUAGUUUCAAUCAAUUAAAGUAUUUUAAAUGAAAUUUUUAUACUAAAUAAGAUUAAAAGUUACAUUUGACGAGUUCUUUCAUAGUUAAGUGAAAUAACAACACAAAUGUGCCGGAAAUCCGUGUUUUAGUAACACAAAAUCAGGCGUUUCCAUGGGCGUUAACUUCAGGCAGCUAACAAAAUCUGAAUUAUGAAUCUCAUAUCAAUAUACAUAUCAUUACUGAUAUUACAAUGCUAUGGCCAAGAUUACAAUCCCACUUAUGACCCGAGUCAGCCAAGCCCAACAAAUGACUACUUCAACACAAAUCCAAAUGAACCAAGAGAUGACAAGCGAUAUGAAAAUCCUUAUGAUGCUCGGAACCCAAAUCAGUACAAUAAUCCGUAUGACACCAGAAAUCGGUACCCAGAUCGGUUCAAUCAGUUUGAUAAUAGAAAUGAUCUGAAUUAUAAUCAGAAUAGAAAUGAUCUGAAUUAUAAUCAGAAUAGGAAUGAUCUGAAUUUUCCACAAGAUGUGACUCCGAGGGCAUCUUGGGACACACAGAGGUCUUACAGUAGUCCUGGCGCUAAUGUGGAAUUGGAAGGACUUGUUGUGAGAGAAGCCACAUACUUCAUAGUCGCCUCCCGCAUGGUCCGGCCGGGGCAGAUCUACAAGAUCUCCGCGAACAUCCUGCGUGCGCGCAUGCAGAUGACGGUGCGCGCGUCCAUCUCGCGCGACGGCGUCGAGAUGACCGACGUUAGCAUGAGGGUGAAGGAAGGGGUGCCGGAGAUACUUAAUUUGAGGGUCCCAGCGACAGCAGUUCCUGGCGACUACAAGCUCCGCAUCGAAGGCCUGUACCUGGACAACCCAUUCGGCGGGCGCGCCUUCGUCAACGAGACCGCUCUGUCGUUCUCUCGCCGUUUCAUGACCAUCUUCAUUCAGCUGGACAAGCCCGUCUACAUGCAGGGCCAGACCGUGCGUUUCCGCGCGAUCCCCAUCUCGACGGAGCUGAAGGCAUUCGGGCGCGCCAUCGACGUUUUCAUCCUGGACCCCAAUGGCCGCAUCAUGAAACGGUGGCUUUCGAGACAGAGUAACUUCGGUACAGUAAGCCUGCACUACCAGCUUUCCGACCAACCUCUAUUCGGCGAGUGGACCAUCCGAGUAGAAGCACUAGGUCAGACUGAAGAAGCUCAGUUCUUGGUCGAAGAGUACUAUCAGACCAGGUUUGAGGUGAACGUCACUAUGCCUGCAUUCUUCUUCAACACUGAGCAAUACAUCCACGGCCGUAUCAUGGCGAACUACACCUCAGGAGCUCCAGUUAGGGGCAACCUCACCCUCAAGGCUACCGUCAGGCCGAUACCGCAGUACCGCCCGCGGUACUACAGGGAGGGCCAGUUCAAUAACAGGGGACAGUUCGGAGUGCCGCCUGUGGGGUACAACAAUAAUCAAUAUUCGAGAGUCCGUCCAAACUUCAAUCCGUACUUAUACAACGAGAGCUACCAGCAAUACGAGUACGGGUUCCCAGACGAAUACGCCAGACCAGACCAUCGACAUUUACCAGGGCAACCUAACCAGAUAGACCAGCCUGAUUGGUGGUACGAUCCGCAAAAGGUCUACACAAGGAUGUUCAACUUUGAUGAAAAAUACCCAUUCUGGAUGGAGAAACCCCAUUUGUACGACAACCAAUACGGCUCCGAUUACGCUAACCAGUACAACACGUACAACACACAGAACAACAUCAACACGCAGUACAACAACUACUACAACAAUCCAUCAUACUACGAUAAAUUGCCGUACUUGAGAUACUUCAACGGCACAUUCGACUUCAAAUACCCAAUGUCGGAGCUAGCCCAGCUGGUACCCACGCUAGACGGCGUGGAAGUCAUCAUCACAGCGUCCGUCGGAGACCCGUUCCUGGAUGACGUCAUCGAAGGCUACAGCAUCGCGAGGAUCUUCAACUCUUCCCUAGCUGUGACGUUCCUCGGUGGGACACCUCAGGUGUUCAAGCCACACAUGCCUUUUGAUGUCUAUAUGGUCGUCUCCUAUCACGACGGAUCUCCACUACCGCGCUGGCAAGCGGUCGGCGUAUCACUCACCGUACACAUCACAGUCGAAGGUCGCGGCGGCGGCAUAGAACCCCAGUACCCCACGCUUGUACCCGGCCACGACGCAGUAUGGCGGCUCAAAGUCGACUUGUAUAAAUUACUCAAACUCCAAAACGACCCGAACUACCGCGACGUGCUGAACGGCGUGACGGGCGUGCGGCUGAGCGCGGCGCUGAGCGACGGCGGCGGCGCGCGCGCCUCCGCCGACCUGCACGUGGUCGCGCACUACAGCCCCAAGCACCAGCACAUUAGGAUAUCCACCAGCACUACUGACGCGAGGGUGGGCGAAUACAUAAUAUUCCACGUGCAGAGCAACUUCUACAUAGAAUCGUUCAACUACGUCGUAAUGUCGAAAGGCAUCAUACUUACCAGUGGACAAGAAAAUAUGGAGGACGGCGUACGAACGUUCGCUGUGACGUUGUCAGCGGAGAUGGCGCCCGUGGCCACCAUCGUGGCGUGGUGCGUGGAACGCCACGGCCGCGUGCUCGCCGACUCGCUCACCUUCCCCGUCAACGGCAUCUCCAGGAACAAGUUCUCAGUGUCGAUUAACAAUCGCAAACAUCGCACGGGCGAGCGAGUGGAGGUCGCAAUAUAUGGCGAGCCCGGAGCGUACGUCGGCCUGUCGGGCAUCGACAACGCCUUCUACACCAUGCAGGCUGGCAACGAACUUACUUACGCUAAGGUUAUAUCUCAUAUGUCCCACUUUGACGAGGCGACCAAUGGCACUUUUGCGUACACAUGGCGUUCACACAUCGGCGUCGCGGACCAGCUGGUUUACUUCCCCUCGUCUACUUUCGGAAUAGACGCGAAUACUACCUUCGAGUACGCUGGCCUAGUGGUGUUCAGCGACGUGCCGGUGACGCAGCGGCCGAACACGUGCAACGCGUCGCUGGGGCUGGGGACCUGCCUCGAGGGCGGCUGCUACCAGCUCAGCAAGCGCUGCGACGGCAUCUCCGACUGCGCCGACCACACCGACGAGGCCAACUGCCAUCACGACAACAGCUUCGAGCUGUCCCACUUUCGCAAGUUCCGGUUCAACCGUGUCCAACGCCAGUACGACAACGUGUGGCUGUGGCGCGACGUGAACAUCGGUCCGCACGGCCGCUACGUGUUCACGGUGGACGUGCCGCAGGUGCCGGCGCACUGGACCGUGUCGGCCGUCAGCAUGUCGCCCACCAGUGGGCUCGGCAUGCUAAAUGAGCCGGAGCAUUACGUGGGAGUGUUACCGUUCUUCAUCCAAGUGGAAGGCCCGGACCGUUGCCGCCAGGGCGAGCAAGUUGGUCUGCGGGUAGUCGUGUUCAACUACCAGCCGCAAGCAGUCGAGGCCGUUGUCGUUCUGUCUGCUUCGCCUGACUACAAGUUCGUGCAUGUCGAGGAGAAUGGCAUCGUCCGCUCAUACAAUCCGCGCACGUCAUUCGGCGAGCACCAAUUCUUCGUGUACAUCGCGGCCGGCGACGCAGCCACCGUGCACGUGCCCGUCGUGCCCACCCGCCUCGGCGACGUGCACGUGCACUUGCACGCCUCCACGCUGCAGGGGCAGCAUAAAUACACAAAGAAGAUUACUGUCGAGGCGGACGGCCUCCCCCAACACCGGCACCAAUCAGUCCUCCUCGACCUCUCCAACCGCGCCUACGUCUUCCAAUACAUGCACGUCAACGUCACCGAAACGCCCAUCAUCCCAUACGAGGUCGACCGCUACUACGUGUUCGGCUCCAACCGGGCCAGGGUCUCUGUUGUUGGAGACGUGGUUGGUCCCCUGUUCCCUACGAUGCCGAUUAAUGCUACGUCUCUACUGAGGUUACCCAUGGAUUCAGCGGAACAGAACAUGUUCAGCUUCGCCGCCAACAUGUACUUCACACUGUACAUGCGUCUCAUUAACCAACGCAACCGGACCUUGGAGAAGGACGCGUUCUACCACAUGAACAUUCUUUAUCAACGCCAGUUGUCCUUUAUGAAGCCAGACGGGAGUUUCAGCCUGUUCCGAAGUGACUGGAACCAAUCAGCUUCGAGCGUGUGGCUGACCUCGUUCUGCGCCAAGAUCUUCCAGGACGCCUCCUUCAACGAGUGGGAGAACUUCAUCUAUAUCGACCCGGAUGUAAUCUCGCAGGCGGUAUCAUGGGUGCUGGAGCACCAGACGCCGGCCGGCGCGUUCUACGAGGUCACUUGGAUGCCGGACCGCAACCAGAACUCCACCAUCAACGUGCCCAAGGACAACCCGCAGAUCCGGGAGAUGGUGGGGGUCGGAGGGGUCAGGGAUGUGUUCGGGUCUACCGCUACUGAGAUAAACAACACAAUAAUACUACAACGGAACAUCACGUUGACUGCUCAAGUGGUCAUAACCCUCGAAACCGUCAAGAACCUCAAGGACAUUGGUGUCAGAGAGGGUCUCUCCGUCCGCGUGUCGCAGGCGCAGCAGCGCGCCGUGUCGUGGCUGGAGCAGCACAUGAAGCUGCUGCAGGACUUCGGCGACCCUUACUCCAUGGCCGUGGUGGCGUACGCGCUCACCGUGGCCAAGGCCUCCAGCUCCGAGCACGCCUACAAGCUGCUCAACGGCUUCCAGCGAGCUGAAGGUGGUCUAGUAUACUGGGGCAAAGAGCGCGUCCCGCAACCCCCCUUCAAGAUGGAGAACCAAAAGCCGUUCUUCCUUCCCCGGCUGCCAUACAAAUACGACUCGUACAACAUCGCGGCCACCGCGUACGCGCUGCUCGCGUGUAUGGACCAUCAGGACAACAACGAGGCUAUCGUCAUGUGGCUCAACUCUAUGAGGCUCACGGACGGCGGCUGGGCUUCCACUCAGGACACAUACGUGGCCCUGCGCGCGCUGAUCGAGUACACGAACCGCAAGCGCCUGCGCGACGUGUCGGCGCUGUCCGUCACCGUGGACGCCGUCGCGCUGCAGGGCGCCUCGCGCGUGCUGCACGUCGAGAACAACAACCUCGCCGUCAUGCAGUCCAUCGACAUCCCAGAAGCCUGGGGAACAGUGAAAGUGGAGGCCCGCGGCGCCGGCUACGCCAUCCUGCAGAUGUCCGUCACGUACAACGUGGACAUCCCGCGCUUCCAGACCGACCCUCCCGCCCGCGCCUUCUCGCUACUGGCGCACGCGCACUUCUACGGGCGGAACCAGUCGCACAUCGAGUACCAGGCCUGUGCUAGCUGGACGUACCUAGAAGAGUCCCCCCGCUCCGGCAUGGCGGUGCUCGACGUGGCCAUCCCGACCGGCUACAUGAUCCAGCAACAACGCCUGGACGCCUACGUUCUAUCGCGGCGAGUGGCCUUACUCCAGCGAGCCAAGUAUCUGCCCACCCAGCUGCUGUUCUACUUCGACUACUUGGACUCGGAGCCUACGUGUGUGAACUUCACGAUCGAGCGCUGGUUCCCGGUUGCCAAUAUGUCUCGAUUCCUCCCUAUUCGAGUCUACGACUACUACGCGCCCGAGCGCUACAACGAGACAAUCUUCGACGCGCUACCAACGUACCUGCUCAACAUCUGCGAAGUAUGCGGCUCCUCGCAGUGCCCGUACUGCUCCAUCUACAACGCUGCGACACGACCCGCCGCCGGCGUCACACUACUGCUUGCGCUGUUCACUGUGACCCGCCACAUACGGGGCAUUGGCACGUAACACGUAUAGGUAAUAUAGGUACUGGAUGGUAGGCACCAUCACCAAACAUAAUUAUGGGGUUGGCCGGUUGAAGUAUUUUACAGAUGGUGCCAGCGUGUUUUACUACGAAGUGUCAAAUAUGGUUUUUUAAUGUUGUGGCUUGGAUGCUCUUUGCCAAAUCUCACACAAAACUAGAGAGGUGAAACUGCUGGUGUCAUUUAUAAGAACCUUUGACAGUUGCCAAACUCAUUGACCAUUUGUAAACUUUAUUGGAAGGAGAUAUUGUUUAUCGAUGGUCGAGUGUUGUUUUAGAACAUUUGUUAUUUGGAGUGUUUCCACUUAAAUGUGACAGUAAAUAAGAUCCGAUAUAGUAGUGUUUGGUAUGUAAAGGUGAAAUGUUCUAAUUUGAUAAAUGGAUCCCUUUUAUAAGAAAGAUUUUUAUAUAAUUAAGCUUGAAAAUAAUGUUUUAUAACCGUCAACAAUAAACAUUUGUGGUCUACCUCCCCAUAAACUAUACUAUUAACUGCUGAUAGGAUCUAUCAGUAAAAUAGUAGAUUUUUUACAAAUGAUUUAACACUAGUAAAAAGUAGUAAAUAUCUCAUUAUGGUAUCUCAUGCAUGUAUGAAUAAAUACUUAGAUUAGCUCCAGUGAAUUAAUUGCCUGUAUCUGUGCCUGUUUUGACUGUAUUUGAAUCUCAAGGAGUUAUCAGUGUGUAAUAAUUUAUGUAUAAGUAAAAAAAUACUACUUAUAUUUCAUUGUCCAGUAAAACAUCACCCUUACUGUACUUAUUUUCUUUUCUAUGUAUAAAAUACAAUGUUCACAUUUUGUAAUGUGUAAUAUUUUAUGUAAAAAAUAUAGAUUUAAGAUUGCAACCAUAUCAACAACAACAUAUUAUUUUGUCAUACAUAUGUAUUGGCAGCUAAUUGUUCCAAGGCAGUUGUUUUAAUAUGACAUAUGACUAUGAACUGCAUUUAUGACCUUUGAUUAAUGGUAGUUUAGAAUAGAAUCUCUUUGUUAUUGUAUAGUUUAGAUGAUUUUUAUUAACCACCGUUUGAUAUUAGCUUAAUAAUCUUUUUAUAUUUCCUUUUGCUGUACUAAACUACUAUGCCUUCAGUAUACUUUUGUCUGAAAGUAUUCCUAUAAAAAAAGACAAUUUUCUUUUCCUGUGUACUUGUCUUUGUAGACGUAAGAAAUAUAGCCUGACCUGGUUAUUCAUUCCAAAAUAUUUAGUAGUUAGACUUAAUCAGACUAGACAUAGUUUGUAUCUUGUUCAUACUCCGUGAUUGUUGAGUAAUUUAGGGUUCUAGCUACAUUGGGCAUUCCAUAGCGUAAGUAUUGAAUAACCAGUUUAGCUAAGACCCUAAAUAGCUCAACAAUCGCGGAGCAUGAUAGUCCAUCUGUACAUAUCAGUCAAUGUGAAUGUUUUUUCACGGACAUCAACAUCUUGAACUUUCUCGUUUUUCACACAUUAUCGAAUUUUAAUCAUUAUAUUUGUAGGUAUUACAAGUAUACUUGCUUUUUUUCUGCCGAUGGUCUUUUCAUUGGUGCUCUUAGCAUUUAUUUAUUUCUUUUUAUUUUAACUUUGAAGACUCCAGAUACCUAUUAUAUCUUUAUAGUGCAACAUAUCUGAAUUGAACAUUCUAAAACUUCUAAAUUGAGAGAAAUUGUUUAAAAGAUUUUUAAUAUGUAGCAUAAAAUGCAACCUUGCCUUUUGGACAAAAAAUUGAUGGCAUCACAACCAAUUAAUGUGUAUGUAUAUAAUUUUAGACCUUAGUGUGUAUGCUUAGAUGUAAGAAUUCUUUUAUUAUUUUCCCUUUGUCAUUAUGACGAAUGAAAACAUUGCAAUACUGAAUCACAUGUCAAUAACAUUGCCUUGUUAGUUUUGUAUGAAAAUAGAAUUAAAUCACAAAAUAUUUUUGUAGUGAAUUAAAAUUAUGGAGUUAUUGUAGACAUACAUUUAGGUAGUUUGUUUGUGAUCAUUUGAUGUAAAAAUUCUAUUCAAACUGAAGACAAUAUAAAGAUGGAAUGUUAUAAUGCAGAGUUGAUGUACAAAAUGUAAUCUCCCGUCCAGGUGUAUCUCGUCAAAUAUAAAAUAUAUUUAAUAAUAUAUUAUGGAAUGAAUCUCAAGCUUCAUAAUGUUACUUAAGUAGUUUCCGUCCAAAUUACCAAUGACUGAUUUUUUUAUUUUUUUUUAUAUGUAUUUGUGUCUAAGUUGUACAUGUUUAGUAGGAAUUAAAUCUCAAUUUAGAUUUUCAUAGAUUUAUUUCCAAAUAAAAACCUUGUGCAAACUAUC